GUGGAAGUAUUAUCAAUUUAAAUGGAUAAAAUUCUCAUGAACAGAACACUGGGAAAUAAAAAGAUAGAAGAUAUUUGGCUAUGCUCAAGCGACCGGAUGUUCACUCAUCGCCAUCUUUCCAAAAACCUCACCUAACAAUAUUUCGGUCAUAUUUUCUACAUUUCGUGGUCCAAUGAACGUCUGAGAAUCCAGAAUGUCAUCAAGAAGUGGAGCUUGGGCUGUAGGGAGUGAUGGUAGUGACUUUUUACAUCGGGAACGUGUUGCAUCUCACUAUAAAACUAGUGCUACCAACAAAUCACGAUUGAAGUCCAUCAUCGUUUUACACUUCCUUAUGGCAGCCCUCAUGUUCGCAAGACUCUCAAGAUACUUAUUAAAAUAUUUCGGAAUGACACCGCCAUUUUUCCUGAGGAAACUUGUGAUUCCUCAGCCUGAAAUGUGGGAGAUGAUCUGGUGCUUGAGUACUCUGGCGUCAAUAUUCGGCUGGAUGGGUCUUCCCAAGAACAAAUCGAUCAUGCUCCAGCAAUAUGCUAUUGGGACAAUCUUAUUCGGACUUUGUCCAGUUCUCUACGCAGCCUAUGACUUAUCAGAUGAUUUUAUCAAUUAUAUCAACACGAAAAACGUGAUGUUAUUCUUCUUAGGCUACCCUGCUGUAUUAUUGUGGUACGGAUUUAUCGCAAUCAUGAUCCAGAUUCAUGCUUUUGGACUAUAUUUCGCUGUUAAACUUAUGCAGGCAUGGAAUUCAAUGGCAAAGAAGAAGAAAUCGUAAAUGUUUCAAUCCAGGAAUUUAAGUUUCGCGUUCUGCAUCAGUUUUGAGCUGAAAUUGACAACCUCCAUCCUCAGUAUUUGUGUAGUGUAACCUUAGUUACCUAAUUAUUACCAUGGAGAUACUUGACAAAAAUAUCUUCUUGUGACCACCAAUAGUGUAUUAACCACUCUCAUUAAUAUUGCUGUGAUAUCUUACCCAGGUUCAUCACCAAGUAGCACGUUUCCCUCUGACUGGGAGUGAUCAUUUACAGUUU